ACGCACCAUUCUCGUAUUUCACUCGUUUACAGGACGACGGCAAUCUUAAAAGUAGUUUUGAAUUUUGUGCCCUGUGCUCUGGUUAUUUGCCUUAGAACAACUAGAAGAUUUCAACAUUUCAAGAUGUGGAAUCAAACCUAGAAAUCUUGUUCUUUUCACCUCAAACCAAGCCGGAGAAACUAAAUUUUGAAGAUCGAAAGCGGAAUUUUGAAAUCCUAAACAGUUGUCUAUUAAUCAGCUGAAAGAUGCAAGGAUAUGUGGUGGCUGUGUCCGUUAUAGCGGGUGGGUGUGUCUUCGCGGUCCUCGCCUAUUUAGCGUUACGAAUCUUCAAGAAAAACGCAGGACGAAACAACAGCGACGCGGAAACAACAGGAUUGUGUCCUCCGAGAAUAAUACUUACAUCAGACAGUCCUGGACAAUCUAAAAGGAGAUUAUACUCGCCAGCAAGAGAGAGGGCUGCGUCGAAAGACAGAGAGGAAAAACUGGCUAAAAUAAAAAAGAAAGAGAAACGAAGAGAGAUAAAAAGUUUGUGGCUUCCGAAAAAGAAGACAAGCUUGCCUAUGAUGCAGGCUACAAUGGUUCAACCUGCAGUUCCGGAACAACACAAGGAACAAGGUGGAAGGGGCCGAUUAACUUUCACACUUCAUUAUCACUACCAGUAUGCAUCCAAGUCAUCUGUGCUGCUAGUUAAGCUGAUCAGUGCCCAGGACCUACCGCCAAAAGAUGACGAGGAGUUCCUGGACGUGUUUGUCAAAACUCAACUCGUGCCAAGCCGCAAACGAGUUUACAUUUCAAAAGUGCACCGAGAAAGCUCGAAUCCACUGUUUAACGAGGCUUACGAAUUUGACAUCGAGUAUCAAGAACUGCAACAACAGAAGCUGCUGUUUCAAAUCCUUGACUAUGACUGCAUGUCUCGAUACAAGCCUGUUGGCGAGGUCAGCGUUCUUUUGGCAGAAUUGGGUACACAUGGAUUUAACAUUUUAAGAGAGGUAUCUCUGUGUGUCUAUAUUUCUAGGCCUCGGAGAAAAUCAACGGCCAGCGUCUAUUGAGGACUGUUUAUCUUUCACGUGAAACAUUUUUAUUUGUGCGCGUGGCUGAAUCUUUAAACGACUACAAAAUAACUCAGAGAGUGUUCCAACAUCAAUAAAGUAGAAAUAUAUGGACCCAGUAGCACGCAAGUGAGAGAGUCUGUUUGAGAGAAUUUGACUAUUAUCACUGUGGUUUUGCGGAAACGUUCUGGUUCUACUCAGUUCAGGGACGACUAUACCACAAUGUAAAUACAUGUAUAUUUGUAAUAUCCUGCUUGUUUUCAGGUUUUUUUUCUGUCAGAUAUCUAGGUGCAGGUUUACCUUAUAUAUGUAUAUAUGAAAGCGAUUUUCCAGCGACUAUCUUGAACGUGAAAUUAAAGAAAUGAGCCUGUCGUCAGGCCUGCCUUUGUGCAAUAAGCCAAUCAGAAUUCAAGUGACGAAUAACAGGCAAAAAGCGCGGGAAACUCCUGUCAUCGGCCGCGGCUGCAAGUCGAGUGCACCCGAUUGGCCGGAAAAGACUUUUGUUCUGUCACGUCAGAGCACAUUGCGUCUUUUCGAACCAUAGCUAAUUAGUAAAAAUUUAUUUUUGUUAUAAGAGCACUAUUUGAGAGUUGUUGGUUAGCCUUUGUUUUAGCAAAGUUUGCAUGAAAGGAAUUAAGGAUUUAAAGUCUCAGGCAGUACCAGUGGGUAUUUCGUUCUGCACAGUGCAGAGUCUUUAUAAGAGCCAAAAAUGAAACCAUGAUUGUUUCUGCAAGCCACGGGAAAAUCGCUUUUUAACUUACGAUACAUCAUAAUAUCAAGUUGUAGAUAUUUUCACACAAAUACACCAAAAAUAGAUUGAAAAGGGACACAAUCAUAAAUUGUAUAAUUGUUAGAGAAAAAAUUUAAGCCGCAUCCACAUGUAUCCGGAUAUUUUGAAGACGGAGAUUUCUUUCUCCGUUUUAGCCUUCCCUCCACACGUAAACGGCGUUUUCGAGCACCGUAAACAUAAAUUUUUGAGAAAAAUGCUCUCCAGAGUGAAGAACAAGGGCUAUAAAACGAUUGACCAGAAGGCCUGCUACACCACGUAGAUAAGUUCUGGGUCACGCCAGGACAAACAUGUGCACGUGGGAUAACUUUGUUGACCAAAUUGCUAGCAACGCGCAAGCUUUAUAAAUAUAAAGUCGCUAUCGUAUUUCCAUCGUUGUAGCCUUUUCGUGUGGACGGGCGAAAACAUUCCAACGGUGGACGCGUAUUUUUCUUUUUUUUUGAAAACGGAGAAAAAAAUCUCCGUUUUAAGAAAUAUCCCGGUACGUGUGGACUCAAAAUAUUUCGCGCGUAAAACGCGCUUGAGUUGUGAACAAUUAUCGAAGUUCUGUUAUUUUUGUUAAAUAAAAUGAUGCGAUCCAACGAAAAA